AAUGAUCUUCACUGAAAAUGUUUUUUACGAUGAUUUAGUUUUAUCCGAUGCUCCAGGUAGUAGUAACGACUUAAAAUUUGAAAGUAAGAACAUUUGCUCUACGAAUUAUUCGGAAUAUGGUAAUGGCGUAAACACAUGCCGUGCAUGUUUGGCUCAGAACGAUGAUUUGCAACGAUUAAUUAUUCAAGGUGAUAUAUCAGAAGUUUAUCCAGAAGAUUAUUCAUUUAUGUUUAAAUCUUGUACAUCCCUUGAAAUAUCUUGGAAUGAUCGGUACCCUAAGCAUAUCUGUAAUAAGUGCCUUGCUGAUCUGUUAUCAGCUUAUGAAUUUUGGAAAAAAUGUAGAGAAUCUCUAGAAAUCUGGAAUUCUCAAAUUAAUUUAUUAAAUGAAAAAAAUGACUUAGCCUUAAAGAAGUGUAAUAGCAAUUUAGAUUUAGAAACAAAUGAUAACUCAGGUGUAGCCAGUGUCAAAAGAAGUAACAGGGAUCGAAGAUGUAAAAAACUGGUGGAUAAAAACUCUGUUUCACAUAAACAGAUUAUAAAAAAAGAAUUAGAAGAUAAAGUGUCCGGAGAUACAGACAAUUGUGAGUCAGUAACAAAUGAUUUGCGAGUUACAUCAAAUGAUGGAACUAAUUCAGAAGAGCCAAUGGCAAUGAAAUCAGGAUGUCGACGGUGUAAAAAAUGCAAUAUGAUAUUUCCUAACAAAGCAGAAUAUGCAAAGCAUGCAAAAUAUCACAACAAAUACCUAUGCCCAGUUUGUGGAUAUUUCUGUGGAAGCAUAGGCGGCUUGCAAGCUCACUCUGCAAGUCAUUCUGAAUUACGGCCUUAUCAAUGCAAUGUAUGUAAUAAACAAUAUAAAUCACAAUCUUCUUUACAUGUUCAUAUGAGAAACCAUACAGGAGAACGAAGAUAUACAUGUGAACAAUGUGGUAUUAAAUUUAUCACUUGGAACAGUUUAAACAGUCAUAUUAAAACACAUCAUUCAACAGCACGCCCAUAUGUUUGCGAAAUAUGUUUAAAAUCGUUUAAACAAUCAAGUACUCUUAAAAUACACAGGCGACAACAUACUGGUGAGAAGCCUUAUGCAUGCACUGAAUGUACAAUGGCAUUUAAAUCUUCCAGUGAUCUCAAAGGGCACAUGGUUAAACACACAGGGGAAAGAAAUUUUCCCUGCACUUUAUGUGAAAAACGUUUUUCCAAGCCCUAUAAUUUGAAACAACACAUGGUAACUCAUACAGGUGAACGAAGACAUAAAUGUGAAAUUUGUGAGCGAGCUUUUACUCAAGCACAUGUCUUAAGAGGUCAUAUGAAAACACAUAGAGAACUACAAAUACAAAUCACAAGCAUUUCAUAGAAAUAUGUUUGAAUUUGUCUCUAAAUAUAAUAAAUAAAGUAUUAUAUAUAGCACUUAUAUGAAUAACUAAUGGUCACAUCAAAAUCAUAAUGUUUGAAAAUGUAAAAUAAAAUUUAACCCUUGCUUAUUUUGCACUUCCCAAGAAAAAAAACUUGUAAUUGACACUUAAGUCCGCAAAGU